AUGGCACCACCGCGCGCAACCAAGAAAUCCACACUCACAAGCCCCUCUACAGCCACCACUCGCCAGAGCGCAAGGCAUUCACGGAAACAGGUCAUCAACGAAGCUGAUGAGGCAGAAGAUCUCGACCAAGGCAAUAGCGCGAUCGACGAUGAACAUGCUGGAGAUGAUGAGGCAGAAGCUUUGCAGCGCACUUCCGAUGGUCCGCUGGAACAAAUGAUGGUGAAGAUGGUAGACGACGAUCUUGUCGGUCAAAAGAUCAAUAUCGAAACCGCUAUGGGCAGGCAGCUAGCGAGCUUGCAGAAGAUACACAACGCGCACUCUCGUGAUCUCGAGACCGUCCUCGAACGCCGACUACGGGAGAUGAAGUGA